UCUAUUGAUAGUUUUUCUUUGUGUAAUUUAAUUUUUCCAUUUUUUUUCUUUACAAAUCAAACCAUCACCAACAAGUUACUCAUCUAUAAGAAUAGUACUCCAAAUCCCUUGGACAUUUAAAAACCAUGUCAGUGCUUAUGGGAACCCUGCUGCCUUGUGCAUGAAGAUGCUUCCGUAUCUAUAAACUAUACCAAGAUUGCAUCAUAAGUGAUCCCUGCCUUACUGGUGUAAGAAACCUUGGCUUGCUUACAAGUUAUUCCAAUAUUGCUUCAUUAGUAGCCAACUUUUUGAAAUCUGAAGCCCGCACAAAACUUGUCUUAGUUAAUCAUCGUCCUUGUUGAUUCAUACAAUACAAUCCUUCUUGCAUUUUAGUCUUGCAGAGUUACAAUAUGGCUGAGUUUGUCCUUGAAACUUUGCUUGGCAAUUUGAAGUCACUUGUUCAAAAGGAGUUGCUACUAUUUCUUGGUUUUGAUCAAGACUUGGAAAGACUUUCCAGCUUGUUCACUGCAAUCAAGGCAACGCUUGAAGAUGCUGAGGAGAAACAAUUCUCAAACAGAGCUAUAAAAGAUUGGCUGGAAAAGCUAAAACAUGAAGCUCACAUCCUGGAUGACAUCAUUGACGAGUGUGCCUAUGAAGUAUUCGGGUUGGAGAACCAAGGGGUCAAGUGUGGUCCGUCCAACAAGGUACAAGGCUCUUGUUUAUCCUCUUUUCAUCCCAAGCGUGUUGUUUUCCGUUACAAAAUUGCUAAGAAAUUAAAAAGAAUAAGUGAGAGAUUAAUGGAAAUUGCUGAAGAAAGGAAUAAAUUUCAUUUGGUUGAAAUGGUUCGUGAGAUAAGAAGUGGAGUCCUUGAGUGGCGCCAAACUACCUCUCUCGUCAUUGAACCAAAAGUCUAUGGAAGAGAAGAGGAUAAAGAUAAAAUUUUAGACUUUUUGAUUGGUGAUGCUUCUCAUUUUGAGGAUUUAUUUGUUUAUCCAAUAACUGGUCUUGGUGGACUUGGAAAAACAACACUUGCCCAAUUCAUCUUCAAUGAUGAGAAGGUAGUCAACCACUUUGAGUUAAGAAUUUGGGUAUGUGUUUCAGAAGAUUUUAGUUUGGAGAGAAUGACGAAAGCUAUUAUUGAAGCAACAUCUGGGGUUGCCUGCAAGGAUUUGGAUAUAGGAUCAAAGCAAAAAAGACUUCAAACUAUGCUUCAAAGAAAAAGAUAUUUGCUGGUUUUAGAUGACGUGUGGGAUGAUAAGCAAGAGAAUUGGCAGAGGUUAAAAUCCGUAUUGGCUUGUGGGGCUAAGGGUGCUUCCAUUUUAGUCACUACUCGUCAGUCAAAGGUUGCAGCAAUCAUGGGAACAAUAGCUCCUCAUGAAUUGUCGGUUCUACCUAACAAAUAUUGUUGGGAAUUGUUUAAGCACCAAGCCUUUGGACCAAAUGAAGAAGAACAGGUAGAGCUUGAGGACAUAGGGAAGGAGAUAGUAAAGAAGUGUCGGGGAAUGCCUCUUGCUGCAAAAGCACUAGGAGGUCUUUUACGCUUCAAGAGAAACAAAAAUGAGUGGCUCAAUGUUAAGGAAAGCAACCUUUUGGAGUUAUCACAAAAUGAAAACUCCAUAAUUCCUGUCCUGAGAUUAAGUUACAUGAACUUACCAAUUGAGCACAGACAAUGUUUUGCUUAUUGCUCAAUAUUUCCCAAAGAUGAAAGCAUAGGGAAGCAAUAUUUGAUUGAACUUUGGAUGGCUAAUGGAUUCAUUUCAUCUGACGAAAGAUUAGAUGUCGAAGAUGUUGGUGAUAGAGUGUGGAAUGAAUUGUAUCAUAGAUCAUUUUUUCAGGAUAUUGAGAUAGAUGAAUUUGGCAAAGUUACAAGUUUCAAGAUGCAUGAUCUUGUUCAUGAUCUUGCACUAUCUAUUGCACAAGAUGUAUGUUGCAUUACAGAAGACAAUCGUGUAACUAAUUUGUCUGGAAGAAUUCUCCAUCUCUCAGAUCAUAGGUCCAUGCGGAAUGUACAUGAGGAAUCCAUUGAUGCAUUGCAGUUGUAUCUAGUCAAAUCUUUGAGGACCUAUAUAUUGCCAGAUCACUAUGGUGACCAACUUUCUCCGCAUCCUGAUGUUUUGAAAUGUCAUUCUUUGCGGGUGCUUGAUUUUGUAAAAAGAGAAAAUUUGUCAUCUUCAAUUGGUCUUUUAAAACAUCUACGAUACUUAAAUCUUUCUGGGGGUGGCUUUGAAACUCUGCCAGGAUCACUGUUUAAAUUGUGGAAUUUGCAGAUAUUGAAAUUAGAUCGUUGCAGACGUCUCAAAAUGUUGCCAAACAGUUUGAUAUGCUUAAAAGCUCUACAACAACUAUCUUUUAAUGGUUGCCAAGAGUUAUCAAGGUUGCCUCCUCAAAUAGGGAAGCUGACUUCCCUAAGGAUUUUAACCAAGUUCUUUGUUGGCAAAGAAAGAGGGUUCUGUUUGGAAGAAUUGGGAUCGCAGAAGCUUAAAGGAGAUCUUGACAUCAAGCAUCUAGGAAAUGUAAAAAGUGUAAUGGAUGCCAAAGAAGCCAAUAUGUCAAGUAAGCAAUUGAAGAAGUUGCGAUUGUCGUGGGACAGAAAUGAAGACUCCGAAUUACAGGAAAAUGUUGAGGAGAUUCUUGAAGUGCUUCAACCUGAUACCCAACAACUUUGGAGAUUAGAAGUGGAGGAAUAUAAAGGUUUCCAUUUCCCACAAUGGAUGUCUAGUCAAUCUCUCAAAUAUUUAACUAUUUUAUAUUUGAUGGAUUGCAAAAAUUGUUUAGGACUUCCACUUUUGGGGAAACUACCUUCUCUAAAGACUAUAAGAAUACAAAACAUGAUUCAUGUAGAAUACUUCUAUCAGGAGUCCUAUGAUGGGGAGGUUGUUUUCAGGGCUCUAGAAGAUCUUUCACUCCGUCAACUACCAAACCUAAAAAUGUUAUCAAGGCAGUAUGGGGAAAACAUGUUUCCACGUUUUUCCAUACUUGAAAUUGAUGGCUGUCCUAAAUUUUUGGGAGAGGAAGUUUUGCUGCAUCGGUUGCACUCUCUCUCGGUAAUUAGUUGUGGCAAGUUCAAUUUGUCAGCAGGUUUUAAAUGCCUACAGAAAUUGUGGAUUUCAGAAUGCAAAGGGGUGAAAAAUUUGCAGGCUUUGCAAUAUAUGACUUCCCUUAAGGAGAUAAGAUUAAGGAAUCUUCAUGAGCUAGAAUCCUUACCUGACUGCUUUGGCAACCUUUCUUUGCUUCACACAUUGAGUAUCUUUCACUGUUCCAAGUUGACGUGUCUUCCAAUGAGCCUGAGCCUUAGCGGUUUGCAACAAUUGACUAUUUUUGGUUGCCAUUCUGAGUUAGAGAAGCGAUGUGAGAAGGAAACUGGAAAGGACUGGCCAAACAUUGCUCACAUUCGUCAUAUUUCAGUUGGCAGUACACUUUAUGAUCAUAUUUCCGAUUGAGUAUUCUCGGAUUGCAGAGCCCAAAUAAGAUGAUUCGGGGAGUGUGUUUGAAGAUUUCAGUGUGUUUUUCUUUAAAUAAAGUUCAGUUUAAGCUUUGACAAACAUGUUGUAAUCUUUCAUGUAUUUAUAUUAAUUGUUUGCUCCUUUGUUUAAAUAAAGAUUUCUGUGUGUAUUAAAAAGUGAAUUUGUAUUAUAUACUUUUCUUUAUUUAUUUGAUCUCACUUGUCUUCUUUUCAAUAAAUGUAUUCAAAACUACUGUAUAUAUAUCAGUAUA